AUGGAGGUGAGUGACAGGAGUGAGGAAGAACAACGAGAUCUUCAGAACGGCCCAACGAGAUCAUUGCUUAAAAACUACAGCUCUUUAGUUAGACCGGCAAGGAAUCCUAACAAGGUAUCCACCGUGUCAAUGAAAAUCUUUCUGCAGCAACUUCUCAAUGUUGACGAACAAAAUCAAUUGAUCGAAGUAAAUGCGUGGUUGAAAUACACAUGGAAUGACUAUCGAUUACGUUGGCGACCGCUUCUCCAUGAUAAUAUUUCUUCAUUACGUUUUCCUACAGAUGAGCAGCAAAUUUGGUUACCUGACAUUCUUCUUUACAACAGUGCAAACGAGAACUUCGAUUCCUCCUGCCGUAGCAACUUAGUGGUUUAUAGUAAUGGAGAAGUGAAUUGGAUUCCACCUGGAAUAUUCAAGAUCAGUUGCAAAAUGGACAUAACAAUGUUUCCGUUUGAUGAACAG